CUGUAAACCAAGUGUGCACUCGGAGAAAUGUAAUCUAUGUAUGUAUACUGAUUGUGGACAUUGGCAGACAUGUAUUAAACACUUACUCCCUAACAUCAGCAUACCUGUCUAUAUGGGUCCAUUCCUUUCAAGUAUUUCAAGUUUAUAUCGUGGUGAGGUACCACAAAAAUGACUUCAAACUCUAUCAAUGGUGAUUCACCAACGAAUGGACUUGACAUUAUGAUAAAGGCUGAAAUAGGAAACUAUUCCUAUCGAGUGCUGAUGAAAGCGAGGCUCGGGGUGAUCAAUGGAGGCAAUGAUCAGGAAGAAGGAUGGACAAGAAAUCUCAACAGUAUAAGGAGCAAUUGUGUUUUGAGGAGAGGUUUGGUAAGACCGAGGAGCUGAACACAUACAUUACGGGACCACAAUCGUGAUCACAUGUACGCGUGUUUAUAGUCGUGUAGCUUACAUAAUCAUCUCGAAAUACACCAGAAUUAGUAUACACAGUCAAAUUUCACAAACAAAAGAGUCCGUGAUUAGUUGAAUGUUAAAUGAACCGGGGAACAAAUCAAGCCUGGGGCGAUAUGGGGGACAUAGAACUGAAUAGAACAUAUGAGAGCAAUUUAUAUGAAAGCAAAAUUAUGAUUCUAGAUGAACAUGGAAAACAGAUCAGAAUUGACGAACUUCUAAGUAAUAAGUCUGAUGGAAAUGAACUAGACCAUGAACCUAAUAGUAGUGAGCCAGGAAGUGAACCAUCUGAUAGGGAGCUAGGUAAUGAAGUUCGCAAUAGUGGACAAGUAAAUGGUCUUUACACAACUGAACUCGGAUAUGAACCGUAUAGCAGUGAGCCAGGAAACGAACCGUCUGAUAGUGAGCUAGGUAAUGAACCGUAUAGCAGUGAGCCAGGAAAUGAACCGUCUGAUAGUGAGCUAGGUAAUGAACCGUAUAGCAGUGAGCCAAGAAAUGAACCGUCUGGUAGUGAGCUAGGUAAUGAACCGUAUAGCAGUCAGCCAGAAAAAGAACCGUCUGUUAGUGAGCUAGGUAAUGAACCGUAUAGCAGUGAGCCAAGAAAUGAACCGUCUGAUAGUGAGCUGGGUAAUGAACCGUAUAGCAAUGAGCCAGGAAAUGAACCGUCUGAUAGUGAGCUAGGUAAUGAACCGUAUAGCAGUGAGCCAAGAAAUGAACCGUCUGGUAUUGAGCUGGGUAAUGAACUUUGCAAAAGUGAACAAGGAAAUGGCCCUUGCAAUAGUGUACAACUGCAUGAACCCUACAACAGCCAGGUAAACAAACAACCUUUUAUCUGUAAGCAAUGCGGCCAACAAUUUGCUCUGACUGAGCAUUUGCAGGAACAUCAAGAAAGUCACCCAUAUGAUAAACCAUACCAAUGCGAAGUAUGUAGUAAAAACUUUCGUCAGCCGUGUGAUUUGAGAAAACAUUUCCGAAUACAUACCGGAGAGAGGCCAUUCAAAUGUGAAGUCUGUGGUAAGGUGUUUAGUGACAAUGGGAACCUUCACAAACAUUCAAGGAUACAUUCACAAGGAAGUUAUUCUUGUGAGGUGUGCGGUCUCUGUUUCCGUACCAAACCGAGUAUGUUGAAACACGCCAGGUCACAUCUGGGGGACAGACCGUUUUCUUGUGAUAUUUGCGGGAAGUGUUUUGCACGGAACGCCGGACUGCGUUCACAUCUGGAAAUACACUCCGAAAAGAAACCCUUUCCGUGUCAUAUAUGUGGGAAAGAAUUUCGUCGGAAAGGAAACUUACAAGACCAUGUUGAAUUACAUAAAGGAGAGAGGAUGUUUACUUGUGGCAUAUGUAAGAAGGAAUUUAGUAUCAAAAUAAAUUUGAAAAAACAUCUUCGAACUCAUACCGGUGAGAAACCCUUCAAAUGUAAAAUUUGUUCUCGAGGGUUUAGUGAGAAAGGAAGUCUGCGAAAACAUCAUAGGAUACAUACAGGGGAAAAACCGUACAAAUGUGAGGUGUGUGGAAAGGAUUUCAGCAUGAGCAGUAGUCUACAAAGGCACAAUAGGAUACAUACAGGAGAACGACCAUAUGGGUGUAGUAUCUGCGAAAAACGAUUCAACAAGAAGGAGAUCCUCCAAGUUCAUAUCAGGACGCAUACGGGAGAGAAACCUUACACGUGUGAUGUGUGUGACAAACGUUUUAACGAGGGCGGGAGUCUACAUAUACACAUGAGAAUCCACACUGGCGAAAAGCCUUAUAAAUGUCACCUGUGUGAAAAGGAUUUCAGUCAGAGUAGUAGCUUGAAGAGACAUGUCGAGUUACACACGUCUUUAGACAAAAUGGACGUUAUACAUAUGCAAUCACCGGAGACAUCCAUGAUCGUCAAAUGAACCUAUUUAGAUACAUUAGAAUAUUUGAUAUGUAUGUGUUGCGUAUUUUGUUAGCUCACCUGGUCCGAAAGGCCAAGUGAGUUUAUACAAUGGUGCGGUUUCCGUCCGUCGUCAACUGUUUUUCCCUUUACACGACUCCCUUCUCAAUAAUGAAAAAACCUAGAAUUAACAGUUUUGGUUGGUAGGUUCCUAGAAUGAAGCCGGAAAAAUUUGCGAAAAAAUGACCUUGGCCCAUAUUCAACGCCACAGGAGUCAAAUGUGUUGAACCAAACAUUCUAGAAUCGAGAUAUUCAAUAAAUAGACUCCUGGGACGUAGCCUGAAAAAGUUAGCGAAAAGAAAUGUCCUUGACUCAAAUUCAAGGUCAAUUUUUGAAACACUUAAACAAUUUCUUCUCAAUAAACAAAUGUCCUAGGAUCAA